CGCGCUCUCCAUGGUCUGCGUCGGGGGACACGAGUACUAUCCCGCAGCUAUAACCUCAAGCCUGACCCCUACCCACUGACUCCGCGCGACGAGGGCGGGACGCGAACCAGCCCCGUCCGGGGGGGGCGGGGUCUCGGAGCCUAAACCCGGAAGCAGGGGAGGAACUUCGGAGCGGUCUCCCGGGUUACCGGGAGGCGGAGCCGCCGAGCCCGCUGUGGCCCGGAUGUUCGGUGCAGCUGCCAGAUCUGCUGAUCUAGUGCUUCUCGAAAAAAACCUUCAGGCGGCCCAUGGCUGUCGAUAUUCAACCAGCAUGCCUUGGACUUUAUUGUGGGAAGACCCUAUUAUUUAAAAAUGGCUCAACUGAAAUAUAUGGAGAAUGUGGGGUAUGCCCAAGAGGACAGAGAACGAAUGCACAGAAAUAUUGUCAGCCUUGCACAGAAUCUCCUGAACUUUAUGAUUGGCUCUAUCUUGGAUUUAUGGCAAUGCUUCCUCUGGUUUUACAUUGGUUCUUCAUUGAAUGGUACUCGGGGAAAAAGAGUUCCAGCGCACUUUUCCAACACAUCACUGCAUUAUUUGAAUGCAGCAUGGCAGCUAUUAUCACCUUACUUGUGAGUGAUCCAGUUGGUGUUCUUUAUAUUCGUUCAUGUCGAGUAUUGAUGCUUUCUGACUGGUACACGAUGCUUUACAACCCAAGUCCAGAUUACGUUACCACAGUGCACUGUACUCAUGAAGCCGUCUACCCACUAUAUACCAUUGUAUUUAUCUAUUAUGCAUUCUGCUUGGUAUUAAUGAUGCUGCUCCGACCUCUUCUGGUGAAGAAGAUUGCAUGUGGGUUAGGGAAAUCUGAUCGAUUUAAAAGUAUUUAUGCUGCACUUUACUUCUUCCCAAUUUUAACCGUGCUUCAGGCAGUUGGUGGAGGCCUUUUAUAUUAUGCCUUCCCAUACAUUAUAUUAGUGUUAUCUUUGGUUACUCUGGCUGUGUACAUGUCCGCUUCUGAAAUAGAGAACUGCUAUGAUCUUCUGGUCAGAAAGAAAAGACUUAUUGUUCUCUUCAGCCACUGGUUACUUCAUGCCUAUGGAAUAAUCUCCAUUUCCAGAGUGGAUAAACUUGAGCAAGAUUUGCCCCUUUUGGCUUUGGUACCUACACCAGCUCUUUUUUACUUGUUCACUGCAAAAUUUACUGAACCUUCACGGAUACUCUCAGAAGGAGCCAAUGGACACUGAGUGUAGACAUGUGAAAUGCCAAAAACCUGAGAAGUGCUCCUAAUAAAAAAGUAAAUCAAUCUUAACAAUGUAUGAGAACUAUUCUGUCAUAUAUGGGAACAAGAUUGUAAGUAUAUCUUAAUGUUUGGGUUUGUCUUUGUUUUGUUUAUGGUUAGACUUACAGACUUGGAAAAUGCAAAACUCCGUAAUACUCUGUUACACAGGGUAAUAUUAUCUGCUGUACUGGAAGGCUGCUAGGAAGCCCUUGCUUCUCUCAACAGUUCAGCUGUUCUUUAGGCAAAAUCAUGUUUCUGUGUACCUAGCAAUGUGUUCACAUUUUAUUAAGAAAAAAUUUAACCCGUGUAAUCUGCAAUCCUUAACAGUGGCAUAAUUGUACGUACCUGUUGUGUUUCAGUUUGUUUUUCACCUGUAAUGAACUGUAAAGACAUACAUACUUGUGGGGUCUGAUAGCAAACAUAGAAAUGAUGUAUAUUGUUUUUUGUUAUCUAUUUAUUUUCACCAAUACAGUAUUUUGAUGUAUUGCAAAAAUAGAUAAUAAUUUAUAUAACAGGUUUUCUGUUUAUAGAUUGCUUCAAGAUUUGUUUGGAUUAUUGUUCCUGUAAAGAAAACAAUAAUAAAAAGCUUAACUACAUAAAA